UCUCAUCUUUCCCUCAGAGUAUCGGCUGUUCUAUUCCUUUCCCAGGGGACGUCGGGCAGGUCGUUUUAAUCUAUUUUACUUUACCCUUUCUUUCCUACGAAACUUUUACUUGAACAAAAUGCUGUCUGCCCGCAAACCGUUCGCUCAGCUUAACGAGAACGUUUCUCCCAUGAAGAACCUGACCCUGGCAGAGAAAGAGAAUACGCCGCCUUCCCUUAACAGCACCCGAGUCCUGGCCAGCAAGACCGCCCGUAACAUCUUCCAGGAGGCAGAAACGACUAAGUCAAAAGCUCCAAAGGAUCCUAGAAUUCAGGAUGAGCCCCUUCUGAAGGAUAAUCCACAUAGAUUUGUGAUCUUCCCCAUUCAGUAUCAUGAUAUCUGGCAAAUGUACAAGAAAGCAGAAGCUUCAUUCUGGACUGCUGAGGAGGUCGAUUUGUCUAAGGACCUUCGGCACUGGGAAUCCCUGAAGGCAGAAGAAAAAUACUUCAUCUCUCAUGUGUUGGCCUUUUUUGCAGCCAGUGAUGGAAUAGUAAAUGAGAACCUGGUGGAGCGGUUUAGCCAAGAAGUGCAAGUUACAGAGGCUCGCUGCUUUUAUGGCUUCCAAAUUGCAAUGGAGAAUAUUCAUUCUGAGAUGUACAGCCUUCUUAUUGACACCUACAUCAAAGAUCCCAAAGAAAGGGAAUACCUCUUUAAUGCUAUUGAAACUCUGCCUUGUGUGAAAAAGAAGGCUGACUGGGCUCUGCGCUGGAUUGGUGACAAACAAGCAACUUAUGGUGAACGAGUGGUGGCAUUUGCUGCUGUUGAAGGGAUUUUCUUCUCUGGUUCAUUUGCAUCAAUUUUCUGGCUAAAGAAACGGGGGCUGAUGCCUGGACUCACUUUCUCUAAUGAACUUAUUAGCAGAGAUGAAGGUUUACAUUGUGAUUUUGCUUGUCUUAUGUUCAAACAUCUCGUAAACAAACCAUCAGAAGAGCGUGUUGUUCAACUUAUUACUGAUGCUGUUCAAAUUGAACAGGAAUUUUUAACUGAAGCUUUGCCUGUAAAUCUCAUCGGAAUGAAUUGUACAUUAAUGAAGCAGUAUAUCGAAUUUGUUGCAGAUCGUCUUCUUCUAGAGCUUGGCUUUAAUAAGGUUUUCAAAGCCACUAAUCCAUUUGACUUCAUGGAGAACAUUUCUUUGGAAGGAAAGACUAACUUCUUCGAGAAGAAAGUUGGCGAAUACCAGAAGAUGGGUGUCAUGUCAAAGCCAAAAGACAACACUUUCACACUAGAUGCUGACUUUUAAGCACUGACUUGUGCCAUAACAUCUGUUACUUGAAAAGUGCUUCCAUGGCCUGUUGCAACCAGCAGUAUGGGGACAGUAUAAGCUGCAGUACAUGAAGAAGCAAUGACUGAACUGGUGGGUUCUGCUGAUGCUAGCAUAGCCACUUUAGCCUGUACUUUUGGAAGCAGGGGCAGUGGAUUUACAUUGAUAACACUCAUGGGUACAGAAAUUUUGUACAGCUUGUUGUGUAUUUUACUGGGUGCUGUGUACUCUGUAGGGGGGGGAAGAAACUGCUGCUUGGCAGCAUUUCCUUUUUAAUUUUUUAUACUUUAUUUUAUAAAAGCUGCACUUUACAUAAUAAACAAAUAAGAAACUA